UUCCUUUGUUGUGAGCUACAGCAGACACUGGUGGCUGGAGGGGGACGCCGGCGCUGGGGAGAGCGCUGCGCCGCGGGCCGCUGAGGGAACGCAGGGGCCGCCGCUGCUGGCCGUUUCCAGCCUUCGUCGAGAGGUACCGGGGUUGACAGCUCCGGACUAGCCGAAAGGCGACGAACCGGCCAGAGCCGGGAGCCGAGGGGCGGCCGAGGUCGCGACCACUGGGGUGUCUGCAGAAGGAAGCCAGCGUUGGCCGGCGUCUCGGAGCCAGACGUGGGGCCUGAGGGGAGAUUGAGGCUGGAUUCCUGCAUUCUAAAGGAAAAUUAAGCUUGGUUGCAGCAUAGCUACACUCUAGAUCAACUGUGAUAUUGUAGCUGCUCUCGACUUUACAUUGGCCUCCUCUUUCCCUUGCCCUUACUUAUUAGGGUGGUGUGGAAAUUAAAAUAACACAAGUAUUUUUACCGGGGCUUUGAUCAAGCAAAUGCUCAAAAGCCAUAUAAAGAAGAUACUUAACAGUCAUUUCUCAACAAUUAUAUAGUCAACUGAUGUAACAAUGGUACUAAUAUUGGGACGAAGACUAAACAGAGAGGAUCUUGGGGUGCGUGAUUCCCCAGCUACUAAACGUAAAGUUUUUGAAAUGGACCCUAAAUCUCUGACAGGCCGUGAGUUUUUUGACUUCUCUUCAGGAUCAUCCCAUGCUGAAAACAUACUCCAGAUAUUCAAUGAAUUCCGAGACAGCCGCUUAUUCACAGAUGUUAUCAUUUGUGUGGAAGGCAAAGAAUUUCCUUGCCAUAGAGCUGUUCUCUCAGCCUGCAGUAGCUAUUUCAGAGCUAUGUUUUGUAACGACCACAGAGAAAGCAGAGAAAUGUUGGUUGAGAUUAAUGGUAUUUUAGCUGAAGCCAUGGAAUGUUUUUUGCAGUAUGUUUAUACUGGAAAAGUAAAGAUCACUACAGAGAAUGUACAAUAUCUCUUUGAAACAUCAAGCCUCUUUCAGAUUAGUGUUCUCCGUGAUGCAUGUGCCAAGUUCUUAGAGGAGCAACUUGAUCCUUGUAACUGCUUAGGAAUCCAGCGCUUUGCUGAUACGCAUUCCCUCAAAACACUCUUCACAAAAUGCAAGAAUUUUGCAUUACAGACUUUUGAGGAUGUGUCCCAGCAUGAAGAAUUUCUUGAGCUUGAUAAAGAUGAACUUAUUGAUUAUAUUUGUAGUGAUGAACUUGUUAUUGGUAAAGAGGAGAUGGUUUUUGAAGCCGUCAUGCGUUGGGUCUAUCGUGCUGUUGAUCUGAGAAGACCACUGUUACAUGAGCUCCUGACACAUGUGAGACUCCCUCUGUUGCAUCCCAACUACUUUGUCCAAACAGUUGAGGUGGACCAAUUGAUCCAGAAUUCUCCUGAGUGUUAUCAGUUGUUGCAUGAAGCAAGACGGUACCACAUACUUGGGAAUGAAAUGAUGUCCCCAAGGACUAGGCCACGCAGGUCAACUGGCUAUUCUGAGGUGAUUGUUGUCGUUGGAGGCUGUGAACGGGUUGGAGGAUUUAAUCUUCCAUACACUGAGUGUUAUGAUCCUGUGACAGGAGAAUGGAAGUCUUUGGCUAAGCUUCCAGAAUUUACCAAAUCAGAGUAUGCGGUCUGUGCUCUAAGGAAUGACAUUCUUGUUUCAGGUGGAAGAAUCAAUGGUCGUGAUGUGUGGAUUUAUAACUCACAGUUAAAUAUUUGGAUCAGAGUUGCUUCUCUAAAUAAAGGCAGAUGGCGUCACAAAAUGGCUGUCCUCCUUGGUAAAGUAUAUGUUGUUGGAGGCUAUGAUGGGCAAAACAGACUUAGCAGCGUGGAAUGUUAUGAUUCCUUUUCAAAUCGAUGGACUGAAGUUGCUCCCCUUAAGGAAGCAGUGAGUUCUCCUGCCGUGACUAGCUGUGUAGGCAAAUUGUUUGUGAUUGGUGGAGGACCUGAUGACAAUACUUGUUCUGAUAAGGUUCAAUCUUAUGAUCCAGAAACCAAUUCUUGGCUACUUCGUGCAGCUAUCCCAAUUGCCAAGCGGUGUAUAACAGCCGUAUCCUUAAACAACCUGAUAUAUGUUGCUGGUGGGCUGACCAAGGCAAUAUACUGUUAUGAUCCAGUUGAAGAUUACUGGAUGCAUGUACAGAAUACAUUCAGCCGACAGGAAAACUGUGGUAUGUCUGUGUGUAAUGGUAAAAUAUAUAUCCUGGGUGGAAGACGGGAAAAUGGAGAAGCCACAGACACUAUUCUCUGUUAUGAUCCUGCAACAAGUAUCAUCACAGGGGUAGCUGCAAUGCCCAGGCCAGUGUCCUAUCAUGGCUGUGUGACUAUUCAUAGAUACAAUGAAAAAUGCUUUAAGCUCUAAAGCCGGGAUACCUCACCCAAGAAGCCACACCAAUCCAAGAUGAGAGGUUUGAAAAACUCCAGAGUGGGAACUUGACAUAUCUCCUUUGUGCCAUGUACGCAAAAAAAGUAAAGAUAAUAAUUGUGGUGCCUUUCCCCCCAAAAUAACCUUUCAAACUGUAAUAAAGCCUUUCCUGUAAUUGGGGAAAAAAAUUUUGUUGUUUUUGAAAGUAAUAGUGGUUAUUGCUUGGGUUUUGAGAGUGUACCUUUGUAAGUAUUUGUAAGAAACUUAUGUGGAGUCGGAAAUAAUGUCUGCCUGAAUAACUUUUAGGAAUUUGUGAAUGGUUUCUUCAUUUAUGUACGUUUAUCUGCAAACCUAUAUAUUCUUUGUCAUAUUAUGUAUAGAAAACUGCAUGACUUAGGCUUCGUUUAGGUUGGAUCACAUAAUGCUUAGAAUGCUUAGAAUGCAUUCUAAGAGGGGAAAUCAGUUUCAAAAAUCUUUGAAUAUCCAACCUGAUUAAUUUUAUUGAAAGUUUUUUCAGUAAUUGAUAAAAAUGUAGUAACAAUUUGAGUAUCAUAAAGUACUGAAUUAUCAUGACUUACUUCUUAGAAUUGUUGUCUUGUAUUAAACAUAUUUUUGGAAGAACAUUGGGUAGGAGAUAGAAAUGCAAAUGCCCCUAAAAUGGGGAUUAAAAUUAUAGGUUUAUUCCUAAGAAAAAAAAUUAUAUAAGACCAUUGAAGGGGAAAAUGACCACUGUGGCUCUCAAAGUAUUUACGUAUCAUCUCCAAAUCCUCUAAGGAAGCACCUUUUCUUGAACCCGGCAAAAGAGUUGAAAUCCACAUUGCAAGAUUAUUUUGUGGAAAAUGGGGACAAAUUUUCUCCCUAGCCCAGUAGGGUUUGACUUCAUUAGUAUGGUGCUUUGGGUGAGGUCCUCUUCCCUGGUUAUCCUCCUUUCCUGUGAACAGGUAAAAAUCUUGGAGUCUCCACUGUUAAGUUGCCUUUGAAGGAUAAAGCAGGGACCACCUAUCAGUGGGUCCAUUUUUCUUUUAAAAUUAGCUAUCCAAAAAACUAGCAGCAUUAUUUGCAGUUUAAGAUAAAUCUUUCAUUUGGUACCCAUUGUGGAAAAUACUGGUCAACAUUCUCAAGCUUCUAUACAACAAACAAGUUGCCUUUGUCUAGAUUUUUCAACUCCAUCCAGUUUAUAAGCUUACUAGUUUUCAGAAAGGAAUGUAAAUUUUUUUUCUAAGGCAAAUGGAAUGGCAGGAACUGUAGCAAAGUGAUUACUGUUAUUCCUGGGUAAACAGAUAUAAUUUACAACAUUUGAGGGACGUUCCAGGGAUGUUUCAGGUAGCCUGCUGGAUUUCAACUUCCCAGGCACUAUUGUCGUCUCACAUCAUAAUUAUAUACUCCUGUCACAGGAGAGAUGAUGCAAAUAUGUGACUAUAGUGUCACCAGAUUUCUAUUAUAACCAAGUUAGUAAUCAAAAACCUAACAUUGAUAAACCACUUUUGUUUUCUCAUCUUAGAAUGAUACAGAGAUUUCUAAUAAAUCAUACGGCAUCAACUUCAGUGAUUAGCUGGAAUCUGAAUUCUGAGAAAAGCUCUAAAGAUCUUACAAAUUUUUAGGAAAUUUUAAUUUUUCAAAUUAUAAUUUGAAAUGAUAUGUACCUUUUUGAGAUAAUUAUCAGAGCAAUUCAGAAAACAAUUUUCUAUCAUUUUAGUUGAAAGGCAAUUGUACAUAUAAUUGGGACACUUGUUUGAUUUUUAGAAAAAACAUCUACUUCUGCAAUAUGCCUUUUGUAGAUAAUGGAAAUUUUUUAGUUCAGAAAUUCUUUGCGGUAGAUGAGAUAAUGUAUGAGAAAAGUGUUUUGUAAACGCUAAGGAUUAUACAAAUGAUACUUGUUAUUUUCAUGUGUAUUUGUAAGGUUGUGCCCAUAAUACAGACACUUCACACAAAAAAAAUCUUCUCAAGAUAACUUGUAUCCAUAGUACUUUUGUCUAUUGUAAAAGUGUUAACUAUUUACUUGUACUUCAUCUUACAUUUAUUUUUAAUAUCCAUGUGUUUAUUGUACUAAAUUUGAAAUGAAAUUCUAGAAAACAAUUUUGUUUAAACAUAGACUUCAUACCAAUAUCAUUUAAUUUUUCUACAUGAUUUAAAACUAAGUAGGCCACCAAGAACUUAGCUUGGAUCCUAUGAAAUUAACAAUUUUUGAAAUUACCCAACUGAUAUUUCAAUAUCCUUUAACUGUUUAUCUUUCUUUAGUGAUUAUUGAUAAAUAAUGGUGUUAGCAUUGAUAAAAAAGAAUUUUAGGGUAUAAUUAGUAUAUCAAAAUAUCAAAAGGGAUUCAUAAACCAAAUUGUGACGGAUUAUAUUCAUAGUGUCAUCACAUAGUUGACAGGCUUUCUUUUGAUAGGAGAUGCUCACAUAAGCUUUGGGUUAGUAUGUAUGUAUAUACAUGUGUCUAUAGAUAGAUAGUAUGGUUAUGUACACACAUAUAUACAAACACCAAGAAAUUGAUCAGUUUGUGAUGAUCAGAAAGAAGCACAUAAAGUAAAAAUUGGUUGACCUUAUUAAAUUCAAUUCCAGAAGAUUUUUUUUUAUUUGGGCAUUUCUAUCAUUCGUUUUUACAUUUGAAAGUACAUGAUGAGGAGCACCUGGCUGGCUCAGUCAGUAGAGCAUGCAACUCUUGAUCUUGGGGUUGUGAGUUCAAUCCCCACGUUGGGUGUAGAUAUUACUUAAAAGAGUUUGAAAGUACAUGAUGAGUGUUAGUGUAAUAAAUCGCAUACAGUCAGAAUCUGUAUAAUACAUAAAGUUUCACAAGAUCAGAAAACAAAUUGGAGGUAGAGACGAGUUUGCUAAACCCAGCUGUGAUACCUCAGUGGGAAAAGGAAUUCAAGUGUAUGUUUGUGGAUCAACAGGAAAGUAUAGUUGUUUUUUGUUCAUGAACAUGUGUUUUCCUAUGUAUGAGUGAGCUAUAAAGUGGUCUAAUUUUUACAACAGAAGACCUUCUUUUUCUACUUUAAUCUUCCCACUGACUACUGCACAGGUAUGAAAUAGUAGCUUAUUGAAUUUUCAGUAACCUUUUUUUCCCCCUAGAUGACUGAAAUAUAGAUAUUUACUCCAUUUAAACCAGGUGUUAAGGAAAAAAAUGAUGUAAAUACUCAGGGAGGGUAUUAACUUGUCAUUUUUGCCUAUUUGGUGUGUUUAAAAUGCCAUAACUAAAUAACCUUCAGUUCAUGAUUCGAGAGUAAAUUUAAUUUGGUUAAGGGGCUUCACACAGGCGGUGGUUGAACAUUCAUUCUUUUAUAUUUAGAAAGAUGAAAAUGUUUUGUGGACUGAUACAUUUUCUCUUAGUGAAUAUGAAUUGUUUAUGUAUCUCUACUGUCAUACACCCUUUUGAAACUCAGGAAAGACAAAGGUUCAAUUAUACUACUUUUGUCAAUAUGCAAACCAGGUGUGUGUGUUUCUUUUCCCUGUUGUCUGGAUAUGGCAAAUAGAUUUUUUUUUUUUUUUAAAGAAUUGCUGUGAGAACCCAUACAUGAAAAGAGAGGGGUUAAAUAGUUGUGUGUGCCUUUUGUGUCUUGAGAUUUGUAUGUGGAAAAGACAUCUCCAGACUGUAUUUUCAAAGAGAAGAGAUAACUAUUUAUGUGGUGCCAAGUGUUAAGAUAAUGUCUCUUAAAGGCUUCCUGUGGAAGCCUUUAUUUUACUAAACUCAAGACACCAGUUAACCUCAACACGAUUUUGGCCUUAUUAGAAUUUCUUGUGCAUUAUUUUGAAAGGCAGGUUUACAUCACCUCACCCCAUUAUUCUUUGUAGUUAAAUAAAUAAAUUCACCAUAUCAAGUAACCAGAAGGAGGGCAAUUUGGUGGCCUUUUUAAAAGGUUGGACUAGGUAGCUAUACUUAUUGUCACAUCUAAUGCUAGACACCAGAAACCAUUGAGCCAGAGUGUGAAUUGAUGAUUCCAGAGACAUUUUCAACAUACUUCAGACAUUUUUUAAUGUUUUUAUGAAUGUUUUACAUUUGUGUGAUGGCCUUAGAUAUUAAAUUUACUUAGUGCUAAAGAUCAUCAUAAAUAAUUUUUUUAAAAACAGCAGUAGUCAUAACUUAUUUUAUAUAUUGUUCCAAAGAAAAGAAUUUGUUUUAAUGUUUUCAAAAUAACUGCAUCUGAAUUUGUUUAUGUGCCUUAAGUUCUCUAGUGAUAUUUCAGUUUUGGGUUUUUUUUUUUUGGUUUUUUUUUUUCAUUCUAAACAAAGCUUACCUUCAGUGAGUUUCAUAUCUGUUUCCUACAGAAUAAAUAAACUUCCCUUCUUCUUAAAUUUUUUAAUGAGCACCAUGUGGUUGCUUGGCAGAAUGAGAAUGUUAAGAAAUGUUGAGUGUUUGGAGUUUUAUUAUAUUUGGGAGUAUUGUUUGUUUUUGUUACCAAGGUGCUUUCUAAGAUAUUCAGACAAACAUCUAACACUGAUUAAAACUUUGUAAAAUGUCAUUUACGAUAUCUACAUCUAAUGUCAAAAAUGGAAACACACUUAUUUUUGUUCCAUUCUUAUGUACUUUUUUUUUUUCCUCCUACAGGCUUUUUCUUUUAUCUUUCUUGAAAAAGUUCUUAUUCUUCCUUUCCCCAUCAUCCCUCCCCAUAGUUUCUUUAUUUAAAUCUUUGAGAAUUUCUGGAGCUAAGACAACACAAUUAUAGAGUUGAAAAAAAGCAUAAUAUGCUUUCCAACUUGUACAGACCUAUGGCAGCCAAAUGUCAUUCACUUUUAGUGAGAGGCUCCAGAAUCUCCACAGUGAAAACAAAAAUGCUUUGUACUUCUUUGUUCUCAAUUCAGUUGUAGCACAUUAAUUCGUGUAUGUCUUGUUUAAAUAUACUUUGUGCAUAGUUUCUUUAAUUUUUUAAAAGUUGUAUCUAAUAAAAUGUCUUUUAACCAUUA